AUGGCAUCAUCAUCAGAAGCAUCAAAAGCAGAAGUAAACGACGAUACCGCCGUGACCACGACGAGUAGAAACAAUAACAACAAUCCCUUUGCACGAGAACAAGAAAAACGAGAAGGACAUUUUGACGCGGAAGGAAAAAAUGAAUUGACAAAACCACCAUCGUCGUCAUCGCCUAAAAACUCUGAUGGAAGAACAAACGACGACGGUGAGAAAGAAGAAGAAGAAGAUAAAAAAGAAGAAGAACAAGAGAAUAAAAGAGACGUUUCGGACAUCUCCAGAAUACGGUUUCGGAGGCAGAGUUCCGUGCACGACAUCGGUCCCAUAGAACUUUCGUCCACGAAAACGACCGUCUUGGACAUCAAGGAAAAACUGAAACAGUUUGUCACGGAGGAAGAACAACGCGCGAAGAAAAACGAGGAAAAAAAAGACGGAGGAAAAACAUCAUCAAUAACGAAUAACUUAACGACGGACGAUAUAAAGAUACUUUAUUUAGGUAAAGUUCUAGACGGGUGCGACGAUGCGACGUUGUUUCAGAUCGGUAUUCCCGCCGCCGGAAUCACGACGAUUAUGCACGCGCACGUCGUCCCGCCAAACAUGCGAAGGAGAAGUUCGGCGCAAAAGUUAGCCACGUUAGGGACAAAGUUAUUGCUUAGCGGCGGAGAAGUCAAUGGGAAUGGUAACGCGCAACCUUCGUGUUGUUCGAUACAGUAG